AGAAGAUCCUCCUCGCCCCCUCCCAAUAUCUGUCAGCGGCGAGCGAGUCCUCGUCCGCUCCGCUUCGGGAGGAUCGCCGUCGUCCUUCCCCUCGACGGCAACGCGUGCAGCGGCUGAGCGGGAGGAGCCGCCCGCUGCUCUCCUAUCGAUUUGACGGAACACCGGUGGCAGUCAAUCACCAUGAUGAAAAGAAGCCACACGACCGUCCUCGACGACCUGCCUGAGUGGAUUGUGAUCGAAGAGAUCCUCGUCUGGUUGCCCCCCAAGGACCUCUUUCGCUGUCGUGCUGUCUGCAAGUUGUGGCGCAGUGCCACCUCCACCGACAAGUUCAUGCUCGACAAUUGCCGCCGCCAGCCAUUGCUCCCUGUCAUCAGACAGGAUAUCCCUGGACAGGAAGGAGUCAGGUUCGUUGUCUUCCGUGACAAAAGUGUUGGAGCCGAUCAAAAGCUCUGUCCAAUCAUCCAGCACUCUAAGUUCCAUAAUCUCCUGGGCGCCUGUGAUGGCUUUCUCAUCUUGUCCAGUGAGUCUGAUUUCUGGAUCUGCAACCCGGCCACUCGCAAAUGUGCUAUACUACCGCAACCUCGAGUUCCAUCAUCAUCGGCAGGGGUUCCCCGCAUCUACAUAGCUGGAUUCUACCAGCACCAACCAUCUGGGGAAUACCGGGUGCUUUGGUUCUCACGUGGCUGCCUUCGUGGCUACGUUCUCAGGUUUGGAUCCGACAAGCCGAGAAUCAUCAGUCGGCCAUCUGUGUCAUCGCGUUUGCCGGAAUUCUGGCACCAAGGGGAAUUUGAUUCCUGCUAUAGUUCACAAGUCAACCACCGCGGCAGCCUGCACUGGUUAACAGGAAUCUACAUGGAGACUGCCGUGGACAUUAUGGUGUUUGACACAGUUACUGAGACGUUCCGGUGGAUGCGCAGUCCUGGCCGGUUGGGCCGUCGGGUGUCGUUGUUGGAGAUGGACAACAAGCUUGCUUCAUGCAUCGACAAUGAUGCCAGCAUAGAGAUUUGGGUGAUGCAAGACUAUGAGGCUGAGGUCUGGGCCUUGAAGUACCGGAUUAACUUGUUAGCGAUGAAUACAUCACCACAGUUCAAGUAUAUUUCUAAGAUGGCACUGCUUAACCAGCGUGAGCUGCUGAUCUGUUGUCACACUCCAUCGGUGGGUCCUGAUUAUCUGUUGCAUUGCGACACUGACGGAAAGUUUUUGGGAUAUUACGAGAUGAAAGAGGGAACAUAUUCAACAUACUUCACAAAUCAGUACUUUCAAGAGAGCAUGAUUCCACUUCCGUUCUGUGAGAUGCAAGAAGAAGGUGGUGUGGAUAAGGAGCCUCCAUUCUUCAUAGGGCUAUAAGCUGGUUUGUAAUUCUAGUUGCCAUGUAUGCCUUUGGAGUAUCCAUCCUUUAUGAGCACAAGGUCCUAGUUCUUACUUUAUAGUACUAGUAGAACUGAACAAUCCAUAUGGCUGUUCUAGCUCUUUUGCUACCAGCGGGUGCCUUUUGUGCUGUCUUGACCGUCAUCAUGAUAUGUUGGAGUAUCUAUGCUAUACACCUGUGCUACUUCUUCCCCA